ACUCAACGAAACCAUAUUCGGCCGCGCCUGCCGGCCCCUCAUCGCCACGCAAGCAGGAAACGGGAUUCAAAGCAGUGUAGCGAACGGCCCUUUCUGGAGUGUUUGCCGGACGCCACGCAGUUGGCUUCUUGCUUCACGCAGAGCCAGAAAAUGAUUUCAGCCGUAAUUCCACGACGGAGCAAAGAUAUAAAUGCGAUAUGUAUGCUUGCGUCCUCUUUCGAACCUUUCUUUUGGGCUUCGAUCACGCAACAACCACGUCUCCCCUCCUCCAUACAGCGUCAUGAUUUCCAAGGUCACCAUAGCGCUGCACGUCAUCUUGACACUAGUCAUACUCGCGUUGACCGUCAGGAUUCUGCAGGAUGAGCAGAACGAGGAGAGUGGCAUAGUACAGAUUCUGCUACGGAAAGAAGCGCGGCGCUUUGUUCAGGUUCCUGAUGUGGUCGGAUCUAUCGCUACAGCGGUGAAAAGUGCGGCUUCCAGCGUGGUCACAGCCGCAGUUGCGUCGGGCGAGUCUCUAGUCGCCGCAAGCCUGCCGUCGCGCGUGUCGGUGGGCACGAAGUACGCAUGUGUGGAUUCUGAAUGCUCCGCCGUCCCUGGUUCCGCGUUCCAUCUGGUCCAGUACUUGGUCUCGUUUCUUCCUUCGCCUGAGGAGGCCGAAACGUUACAGGAGUUGGUAGACAAAUGCCCAAACCUGGAAACCUUUCUGUCCGCCGGGUUGGGAUGUGCUCUUGCUUCGACCAUACUGCUACUUUCCGGUCUCAAGUUCAGGUUGCUCCGCUUCGUAUCGCUUGGAUUGGGUACCGUCUCUGUUAUCCUGUUUGCAGUAGCAGCUGGUUUCGCGGUGUCGCUGUACAAGACAGCCGAGGCUGUGGCAGACCUCCUUGGUGUCGAGGCGAGCAGAGGAGACCUCUUUGAGGCAUCCCUAGCAGACUUCUUAGCAAGCUUGAUUAUGACGGCGCUCGUACUCGUGGAGAUCAUCCUUUGAGAAGAGGGUUGUAAAGCUAUACGAUAUGGAAUUCCGACGGAGAAUCGAUGGAGUACCAUACAUAUCUCUACGGGAGGGGCCCGAUGCACGCGCUCGUAGUUGUCAUGAAGUAUCUCUAAAGACAUCGCUCCUGAAUAUGUCGGUGGAUAUCGCGCAUUUACCGAGACACCUCCCGCAUAUCUGAACCCAACCCUGCCCAGCUAUA